AUGCUCAUUCACAGGAAUCUGCACGUUUUGCGCUCAUUUAAAUGGUUCGAUUUGUUGAAUCUUAAAUGUGACUACAAGCGCUAUCGCCAUGCCCAUACUCAUGCACAACACAUAGAUAGUAAUCUUAAAGCGAAAAUUUCAGUCAAUGAUCCACCUAUCGCAACAAUACGAAAUGUUGGUCUAAUUGCUCAUAUCGACGCUGGUAAAACAACUACUACAGAACGUAUGCUUUAUUAUGCUCGACGUAUACACUAUCUCGGUGAAGUAGAUAAUGGAGAUACUGUGACUGAUUACUUACCAGAAGAACGUGAACGUGGUAUAAGCAUUGUUACUGCAUCAGCUUCUCUGUCUUGGCGAAGUCAUAUAAUUCACUUAUUGGAUACUCCAGGACAUGUAGAUUUCACAUUUGAAGUUGAACGAAGUCUAACUGUUUUAGAUAGUGUUGUUGUUAUAUUGGAUGCGGUCAAAGGUGUUCAACCUCAGACACAUACUGUGUGCCGCCAGGCUCAUCGUUACUGUCUUCCAUGUGUAAUUUAUAUCAAUAAAAUGGACCGCCCAAUGGCUAAUGUCGAUCUAUGCUUACACAGUUUAUCUAAUCAGUUGCCUACAAAAGCAUAUUAUAUACCUAUUCACUGGCCAGUAUUUUCUCACAGUCUUAAUACAGAUAACACGUCAUCGUUAGUUAAUGCUUCGAAUACGUCUACUUCGCUUUCUAAUAAAUAUCAUGUUAAAAACAAUGGUACCAGUCAAUUUGUUGGACUUGUAGAUUUGACUACGAUGCAAUUAAAGAAUUGGAUUUCAUGUAACGGUCCUGAUGAUGUUUAUACAUCAUCUGAUUUAUUCGAAGGUAUCAAUACAACUACUGUAUCAAAUUGCUCUCAGCCACCGAAAUCGAAAUCUUGUAUUGAGAACACUCUAAACCCAAGUGGAAUUCAAGAGGCACUAAGUGCUCGAAUGCAGUUACUAAGUACAUUGGCCGAGAUCGAUGACGAAUUUGCGGAUGAAUUCUUGCAACUCGAUCGUCCGGAUUUAUUGGUUCCUUCAGAUAUUGUUCAUAAAAGUUUAAAAAAGGCGAUUCUUUCCUCUCAGGUCAUACCAGUGUUAGUUGGUAGCAGUCGAAAAAACAUCGGGAUUCAGCCUUUAUUGGAUUUUAUUGUUGAUUACCUACCAGAUCCUAGUCAUUCCAAUAUUCCAAUCUCUAUUUUAAAGGUUUAUAAAUCGUUAAAAUCUACAUUACCGAAUCCAAGUGAUUUAUUAAAAGCCUCAAGAGACUUAGAUAAUCAUCGCAAUAUUCUAUCGUCGAAUUUUCCACUCAUGCUUGUAUUCAGGAUAUGUUUUGAUCCACAUCGUGGCCCGCUUACCUUAGUACGCUUAUAUUCCGGUUUAAUCACACCUGGUUCUCAAAUUGCUAAUUGGUCCCGAUAUAAAGAUAUAAAUUUACCAGAAAAAAUCUUAAAUGUGUUUCAACUAAAUGGAGAUUCGUUAGAAGUAGUUAACAGUGCUGGACCUGGUAGUAUUAUUGCUUUAAGUGGACUUCAGUCAACAUACACAGGCGAUAUUUUAGGUCCUGUCUUGAAUUCAACAAAAAGUAGACAAGCAGAGAAUUCCAAAGGUACUGGAUUAAAUGAUACUGAAGAAAUGUUUGACAAUGGAUCAGAAUCACCUUCCGUAUUUCAAGUAUCUGAACCUGUUGUAUACGCCGCGGUUGAACCUGGUAGUCGAUCCGAAAUAAAUGCACUUGAACAUGCUCUCAAUUGCAUGCAACGUGAAGAUCCGAGCUUUCAUGUGAAGUUUGAUGGAGAAACUGGACAAUGGAUAAUUUCCGGAAUGGGUGAUUUACACUUGGAUGUUAUACUUUCAAGGUUGAAGCGUGAAUACAAAGUUAAUGUUCGAAUGGGACCCCUUUUGAUAGCUUACAAAGAAUGUCCACCACAAGAUGCUCCCAGUUCAAGUGGAUGGAGCCGCGUGGUUGGAUAUAUAAAUGGUAGUGAAAAAGCUGUUGCAAUAGGAGUGAUACUCCAACCUAAAACUAUGCAUCCACUUCACAAACCUCAGGUCAUUUUUGACCGCCUUGCAGAUCAUAAAAUCGUUCGUAUACGCCAUGCCAUCACAGAAGCCUGUUUGUCUGCCCUAGAGGUUAGUGGACCUAUCCUUCGUUCCCCUAUUAUUGGAGUAGAUAUUCACAUUAAUAGUAUAGUGUGCGGCCGUGUAGAACAUAUUUCAAAUGAUUCGGGAUGUAUAAAUGAUCUUGGUGACUUAACCUUAGAUAAAUUAUCCAAUACUCAACUUUCUUCACCAUCUCUUUUAGCCUUGUUGAAAACUUGUUGCAUAAGUAGUGUAAAAAAUGCGGUAUCCAAAAUACCUAACUGGCAUGUUAUGGAGCCAAUGAUGGAAAUCGAACUUCAAUUGCCUGCUCUAAAAGGUUAUGAUUCACAAUUAUCAACCUUUCUGUGUGACUUAACGAAUAGGCGCGCAGAAAUAAUAUCAGUGGACAACGCAAAAACCAGUGCGAACUGUGAAGAUGAUAACAGAAUAGGAGUUGGAAAAUAUCACCGUAUAUGUGCAAUAACGCCGUUAUCUGAAUUAACUGACUACUCAGCUACUAUCAGACGUCUGUCGUCAGGACGAGCUGAAUUGGGUAUCCGGUUGUCGAACUAUUACCCUGUUAGCUCAGAGCAACAAGCAAAACUAAUAGAUCAAUACAGAUGGAAUCGUUCUGGAAGCACCUUGCAUUAA